GACGCAAUCAAAACAAAACAACUUCUAUUUCGGUGCAAUAUGAGUGCAACUUUGGUGAAUAUUGCCGAAGAAGAUUUCUUCGGGACGGUUAUCCGGUAUGGCCUGUACGUUGGGGCCAUUUUUCAGAUGGUUUGUCUCGCCGCAUGCAUUGUGCUGCCAGACUCGACCAGCUUUACCGGGGAUUCGGGCAACUGGUCACCGAAGAACAACGAUAGUGAGGAUUCCAGUUCGGAACACUCGUCGCCACAGAACACUCCGAGAAGACCGUACCACCGAAGCCGCAAGCAGGACAAAAAGAAGCGUCGAUAGAUAAAUGGACUUGUGGACAGGCUACACUGUACUACUUAAACAUUCCGACAUUCCGAAACUCUAUAAAGACGUUCGAUGUAGAAGACGUAUUUAAAAUUAACCAUCAAGCAAUCCCAUUCCUUAGUGAUCUCAAUCCAGUACUUGGGAAAGCGGUGGACCGUUUGCUAGUCCGCCGCAUUAAUACUCGGUAGAAAUAUGUCGCUUAAAUGUAACUCUGUGUUGUAGAGGUAUUUAUUAUUAAAGCGCGUUACCCGCAAGGGUUUCUUUCUGUGA